AUGAAGCAAAAUCCAGCACCAAUAAAGAAGGCAGAGGGGGCAGUUCAGAGCGAAGGACAGCUCCAAAGCUGGCGUCUCAAUGUAGUCAUGGGCGCGCUGGUAUUCGCGGUGUUGGCGAUGGCGUUGAGUGCAUCAAUCGUUGCAACGGCAAUUCCUGUCCUUACCUCUCAUUUCCAUUCAACGGCAGAUAUUGGAUGGUAUGGUAGCGCCUACUUAAUGGCAAGUUGUGCUCUCAUUCCCCUCGCGGGGAAGAUAUACACCCUGUAUGAUUUAAAGGUUGGUUUCCUUGCGUACAUGACUGCCUUUACAGUCGGUUCGGUUAUAUGUGGAGCAGCCACAUCGUCCAAUAUGCUUAUUGCAGGAAGAGCUAUUGCAGGCGCGGGCUCAUCGGGGAUUAUAACAGGAGCAAUGGCUAUAAUCAACGCCUCUGUCACCCUGGAUAAAAGAUCUUGUAAACUGCAAUGUGCAGUACUCGUCGGAAUUAUCCAAUCGCUGUCUGGCGUUGGUGUCGUCUUGGGCCCAAUUGUUGGGGGGGCACUCACUCAGCAUGCUUCUUGGAGAUGGUGCUUCUUUGUCGGCGUUCCUGUCUGUGGACUUGCCAUGCUAGUUGUUAUCGUCGUCCCUUUUCCGCGAAGACGGAAAGACGGUCCUUCCUUGGAAAUUAUGCAGAAGAUCAGAGACCUUGAUCUCAUUGGCUGUGCGAUAUUUGCUCCAUCUGUAGUCCUUCUCUUGGUGGCGUUGCAAUGGGGCGGAAACAAAUAUCGAUGGGGUUCAUCGAAAGUCAUCGGUCUUUUCUGCGGCUCAGGUGCCACCUUCAUCGCCUUUCUCAUCUGGGAGUAUUACUUCGGCGAGAAAGCAAUGGUUCCUCUUCAUAUGCUCAAGCGCCAGGUCAUGGCCUGCGGCUUCACAACCAAUAACUUCCAAAUGGGCGGCCUCAUGCUUAUCACGUACUAUCUUCCCAUUUGGUUCCAGUCUGUAAAGGAUGCUAGCCCGACCAUGAGCGGGGUUAUGACGCUUCCGCAAUCUCUAUCCCAGAUCAUCUUUUCGAUCAUGUCCGGGUGGCUGGUUUCUAGGUUGGGUUACUACACCCCCUGGGCCAUUGUAGGAAGUGCGUUCACUGCUCUGGGAACCGGCCUCAUGUUAACAUUCACUCCUUCAACUGAUGCUGGGAAAUGGAUUGGUUACCAGAUUCUAGUGGGUUGUGGAAGAGGCUUUGUCAUCCAGAAUGUGUUCACGGCUGCACAAGCAGACCUACCUAAAGAACUCGAGGAUAUUGGCUCUGCCUUCUUAGUGUUUGCUAUGUUUCUCGGAGGGGCGAUAUUCGUUGCUCUUGGUGAAACUAUUUUGUCCAACGCUCUACCAACCGAGUUAGCUAAAUAUGCUCCAGGGAUUCCCAAAUCCAGUAUUGAGCAAGGACUAGCGGCUUCAACUCUGACGAAGCUUCCUCCCAGUGUUGCCAAGAGUGUCAAGUUGGCUAUUAAUAAUGCUUUGAUCAAGACCUUCUAUCUGGCACUGGGCGGCUCCGUUGUUGGCUUUUUGGCUAGCUGGGGCCUAAAAUGGUAUAAUGUGAAGAAAAGGUCGCCUCCGAUAGACAUGGAGGGAAGGCAUGAGAAAAGCAGCGGUCAAGUACGCAACGUAAGGAGUGAGUAG